CCAAUCAUGUAACGGUGUACUACUACCACAGUAGAUCGUAGCUCCAGCUCUACCGCUCUGCAUUGCGAUGAGAAGCUCCUCUCAAGGGGUUAUCCACAACCCUAUUGACUAUUGACGUCAUCUCGUCACCGGAGAAGUGAUCUCUUACUAAGACUUGGUGAAAGGACAAAAAUUCUCUCGAUACAUAAAGGAAGAAGAGGAGAAACUGAAUCAUACACUUAUAACUAGUAUAAACCAGAGGGGAGCUAGCAGAGCUGUGACUGGCUCAGGUCAGGAAUGGUAGAUCACUUGCCGAUGGGCGAGGAGACCUUCAUGUAUUACACCAACUCUCCGGCAGACCAUCACGCAUCGGACAUGGUGACAGACACGGGUGUCUACCAGGCGCUGUCCUCCCCGUUCUCAGAGGACGACCUGAGUGACUCGUCCAGCGCUCGCUCCUGCUCCAGCCCUGAGUCCCAGGUGCUGGGUUCCAGCUACGGCAGCAGCAGCAGCAGUGGAGAGAGCCAGGACGGUCUCCUGGACUUCCUGCUCACCCAGGCCACACUGAGACGUGUAGUUACUCCCUCUCUAUCCCCCUCAGUACCACCCAUCCUCCCCAUGGGUCUAGCAUGGGAGUCAAAGAGGGACCGCCUGUCUCCACCAACUAAAGAGGAGUGCUUUGAAUUCCCUGAGUUCCCAGCGGACCUGGAUGAUCACAUAGGGCUGCUGUUUCAGCCCACCCUGGAGGAGAUAGAGGAGUUCCUGGAGGAGAAUAUGGAGGUGGUGGCGUUGAAGAAUGAGGCUUGCGAGGGUGGGAUGUUGGAUGUAAACAGUCAGGUGACAGGGUCAGUGCCUGGGCUAGCGCACUCAGACCAAACAGUACCUGUUGCCGGUGCUACUGACCUCACCACAGAGACCAAACACACACCAACAUCCCCGAUAACAGACUCCAACGUGUGUAGUGGGAUUAAACAGGAAGACAGUGCUGGGACACCAGCAUCAGUAGAGGGGUCCAGUGUGCCGCCUGUCAUCCUGCAGAUUCAACCAAUCCAGAUUAAGCAAGAGCCAAUCCCAGGUGCGAUACCAACACCAGUAUCACAGCAGACCACCCAGCCCACCUCAGACAUCAAAAUCGCCCAGCUCCUGGUCAACAUCCAGGGCCAGACUUUUGCCCUGGUGCCCCAGCUGAUGUCCCCAGCUAAUCUCAAUGGCACAUCUUCCAAAUUUGUGCGCAUCGCACCCGUACCCAUAGCCGCCAAGCCCCUGGGUCCCGGGGAGGGUGGGCUUGCAGGUGGCCAGGCUGCAGGGAUCCUGGUGGGAGGACAGAAGUUCCAGAAGAGCUCGGUAGCGGACCUUAUAAAAAUGCAUAAGUGCACUUUCCCUGGAUGUGCCAAGAUGUACACUAAGAGCAGCCACCUGAAGGCCCACCUGAGGAGGCACACGGGGGAGAAGCCCUUUGCCUGCACCUGGCCUGGCUGUGGAUGGAGGUUCUCGAGGUCAGACGAACUCUCCAGACACCGGCGCUCCCAUUCUGGAGUGAAGCCUUACCAGUGUCCUGUUUGCGAGAAGAAGUUUGCCCGCAGCGAUCACCUGUCCAAACACAUCAAAGUCCACCGCUUUCCACGAAGCAGCAGGACUGUGCGCUCCGCAAACUGACCCUGCUGACCCCCCCCCCCCCCCCCCCCAUAUCCUGCUAGACUGAGGCCACGCCAGGGGACACACAGAGAGACAAGGAGAGGAUAUUUGUGUGAGAGAGAGAGUUGGAGGAAUGAAUGUGGGAGAGGGCAUGAAGCAGAGGGGACAGUGGGACUGAACGUUCAAACAACGGUUAAGCGAGAGAGUGUUUGAAUGUUUUGUUUGUUUAUGUGUGUGUGUUUGUGCAAGAUUGUGUGACGCACGUUGGUGGUCCUGUGAUAAUUUAUUGGGUGAUACAAAACAAAAACUCUUACUUGACAUGACAUCUUCACAGGUGUAUUACGUCUUGUAAAUAGCUUUUCUUUCAUUUUGGGGGUUUUGUCAAAUUUUAAAGAUAACAUUUGAGAAUCGAAAAGAAGUUUUGUUAUGCAAAGUAUUUUUACACUGAGGUUUGAAUUAAUUGUUGUUGAUGUACCUGCCUAUAAUUAAUGCAUCAACAUUCCUUCUUCUCAUCGCCAAGGGAGUUUUAAACUUUUACUACGUAGUUCUUUAAACCAAAACAUUUAUAUUAAUACUCAAAUGUUCAUGUUGAACUACUGAUCAUUAUCAGGAUCAUGCCAUUAUAAGCUACUGGCAAAAUGUGGAGGAUGCUGUCUCCUAUUUUCAUUACAGGAGCACUAUGAUGACUCGUGCCAGGUAAAAGGCAUGUGGAUCAGCUAACAGUGAACAGCCAACUGCCGUACAACGAGGUGCAACAAAAAGGAAAUGCGCACAUUGUUUUAUGGUGCGUUGUUUAUAUGUGAACCGACUGGCCUUUUGAUCAGUACUGAAUAAUUGUAUGUUUUCUUUUUGUAUAUUUGUAUACGUUAGCUGGAGGAGAUGUUCUUUUUUAUUUAGUUGAAUGUGUGUUAUGUCCGUGACUCUUGAAGCUCAUGCUAUUUGAAUAUCAUAAUGUCAUCCACGUGUCUGGCCUGGUAACAAUGCAGUGCCUUCGGAAAGUAUUCAGACCCCCUGAUCUUUUUCCACAUUUUGUUACAUUACAGCCUUAUUCUAAAAUUGAUUCGAAUAACGUAACAAAAUGUGGAAAAAGUCAAGGGGUCUGAAUACUUUCCGAAGGCACCGUAUGUCCUUUGGGGCCAAUAUCUCAACUGAGUACAGAGGAUCUGUUUGAACAUAAUUAUAGCACUUAGUUGGUGGCUGUACAAAAUCUCCAUAGCACAUGAGCAUUGAAUGUCUGCCAUCUUCUAUACUGUACACCAAUAUGAGCAUGUCAAUCAGAACAUAUGUGUGUAUGUCAGUGACAGUUCCAUACAAUGCUGGUGUAGGAGCAAUGAAGGACCCAAUCCAUGAAAUCAAUGUCAGUGUAAUCAAUGUUUUCAGUAAAACAGUUGAACUAUGUUUUUUAGGGAUUCUAGCUUCACUAGCCUGAGUUCACUGUCUCCUCAAUAUCAACACAAUGGUCUGCCUCGUGUCAUCAACACCUGGUACUGGAACAAACCUAUAGCCUUUCAACAGUGACUUCUACUUCAAAUUGAUAGCAGUGCUAAGUAAGCCAAGGCUCCUGAGGGAUUGAAUGUGGUGGAUAAGAACUGGAAUUGCAUGGUGCUAUUUAUGAGUUACUUUACUCUUGAACACGUGACAGGAAAUGGUCAUAGAAAUCUCUCCAAUGCACGUGGCCGUAGUCACCCUCCUUGCCUGCAGCUGACACGUGAUUGGCUUAGGUAGGGGGGGGGGAAACGAAAAACCAUUAUAAACACAGUAUUUGUGUUUUCUUUUCCCUCUGCAAAAACUGCACUGUCUUUGAUGGCUUGUCUUUUAUGUAUUAUCAACUUCUGAACCUAAGAGGUAUAGGGAGAACAGUAUGCUUAUAGGAAUGCAUUCCUUCCAUUCAAUUUGAAAGGCUUUUUUAAUAAGAAACGGUGUUAUUUUAACCCAUGAAUGUAUGUAUAUACUGUCGCUAGAUAUGCAUCUAAAAGAAACAGAAAUAUUAUUCUUAUCAUUUCUGGGAUUGUGUACAUUUCUAGUGCAAAACAUGUAAAGAAGUGUACAUAAUGACAAUUAAUGAUAUAUUAUAUAGAUAUCAUAUAUUUUUCUUUGUUCUACGUUAAGAUGCAUUUACAAAUAAACCAAACCCAAAACAUAAAGUAGUUAUGCUUUUUCCCAUAUUUGGUCUAGUUAGAGCUUUGUUGUCCAAAAAUAAUCCGUGGUCAUUGAUGCAAGGUCCGUUGUUGUCAUUCCAUUUUUGCAUGACUCCCUGCUUUCUAUCACUGUGACGCCUACUCUUUAUCUGUAGCAUUCAUCAUAAUCUGCUAUUACACUACCAACAGGGGGAAAACAGUCAAACAACACAAGGGUACAGUGAUAUGCUUUUAUUACCCUUUAUGGCCAUGGGUCUCUCCAGUGGACCGUUUGGUUUCUCAAAUAAGCUUUUGUUUUCAGGUUUGUUUGAUACCCUUGCUUCCGAGUGAGUUGGUUGGAAAAACAUUUUUUAAAGCUAGACAAGAAACUUUAUUAAGCUGGAAAACUCGAGGAAUGCCAGAAUAAGAUGUACACCAUAUGGCAAGCAUUCAUGGAGCACUCACUCGUUUUCUCCCACUCUCUCAUGCUCUCUCUCCUUAUCCCUAUGUGCAUUUAACUACUUCUUUAAUGGGAGGCUGGAUGGGUCUCACUGCAGGCAUGUUUGCCAGCCACACAUUUGCUGAGUCAUUCUGUAUAAACAGAGAGAGCACGCCUGACUAUAUGAUGCUGUUAUUUAUGUAGCCCACAUUGAUUUAUGAGCCGCUAUGGUUUAGAGGCAUUCUGGGAUGCAGGAGGACUUAAUUCAAGACAUCUGUUUGGGGGCCAUUCUGAUUUCAGGCCUAGUAUCUUCAGCCCUGUUCCUGUCUUCAGGCUAUACAAAGGCAGUGUUGUCAUUCUGCUUGAUGUUCAGACACCACUGUGUUGAUCUGAGGCAUAGGAGACCUCUGGGUGCCUUUUGCGUCCUUUGAUAUUUUAUGUAGAAAUUAUGCACCAAUAUUGAAUUUUAAAAGCAUGUUAUAUUAAACGAAGUGACCUUUAAUAUAGACCACAUGGAGAAUUCAAUAAAUCUGUCCCUCCGUCAACCCUGUGUCACUUCUUGGAAGGUUUUAACCCACUUAAUCCCAACAUUUCUCCCAAAUUUCACCAUCAUUGUAAAUCCCAAAUUAUUUUGUUGCUUUAACAAAGUAAUUUCUGAAGAUUAGUAUUUAUUCCAUGUGAUUAGGGAUUCAUUUACAUCUGUCCUUCAUUAUAAGGUAAACCCUGUUAUGUGAACUGAAAUCUAAUUUUAAUAUGGUGAAACUAUUCCUUCUAAAAAAAACUAUUUUAUAAACAAUUUUUUUACAUCUAAUAAAUCAUAGAGUAAGCAGGUGAGCUGGUUCUACUCUUUAUGGCAAUUUUCUGGUGUUUUGUGGUGAAAAACUGAGCAGGUUGAGCAUAGCACGUCAACACUGUUAUCCAUAGAUAGACAGGCUCGAAAUAUUUUUACAAUUUCUUAUUUUUUUGUGAAGCUUGCAUUCGAUUGCCAAUCCCUGUUGCACACAACAA